AUGGAUAUCUUACAUCAAUAGGUUAUAAUGUUUCAGACAUCACCUGCUAUGAGUAUUAAUGCCAAGGACAAAUUACUGCUCACUCAGCAAAUUCACUUAUCUGUAUCCUCGCAAUUCUUUUGCGUUUGAUUUCACUAAGAGAAAUUUAUGAAAAUGGAAGCCAUGCUUAUUUCACUGGGUGAUCAAUUUAAUCACAUUACCCGAAAUACCGUUAUUAUAGGGUUUGCUUUUUUGUGCCUGUAUUCGGCUUUUAACGCCGUUGCAAAUACUUCAGAACUAGUGUUAAACAGUUACCAAGCUACACAUGCAGAUUCAAGUUUCGGCUAUGGAUUCGGCUACACGACUCUUAUGCUGUUCAAUAUCUUCUUCGCCCUGGGUCCUUUCGUGGCACCAUUUCUGGUGCGAGUGUUGCUGGAUAAGAUAUCUCUGCUGGUCGCGUCUGUCAGUUUUGUGCUCUAUACGGCGUCGUUCAUUCAGCCGAACGUAUAUGUACUCUAUGUCGCCACUUCUUUAUCUGGUGUGUGCACUAGUCUUCUGUGGGUAGCAGGCUUCAACCUAAUCACGUGUUCCUGUGCUUCUGGCUCUGGGACUGAGCUGGAGGCUAACUCGACUCUGUUCUGGCUCAUAGCUCAGUUCAGUUACUUAUUUGGAAACGGAGUUCUCUUCUUCACAUUCUAUGAAGUGGACCGCAUCUCGGAUAGCACAAGGUAUUUAACGAUGUCGAUUCUAACUGUCAGCGCCCUGAUCGGAACUUGUCUCUUUUUCCUUGCUAAACAACCCUACACAUCAGAAAAGCUAUCUCAUCGCAUCUCAAAAGGAGCCACGACUAGUGUACAAACAGUCACUGAAACGAUUCGACUACUCUCUGAUUUCAAAGCGAUCUUACUCAUAGUUCCGUAUCUUUACACGGGUGUUAAUCAGAGCUUCUUCAUGGGCAUUUACGGAGCGUGUCUAGGUCAAACUGGAUACUUUGGGAGAGACGCCUACUGGCUCGCAGGAAUAUCUGGCAUUUUCAUCGGAAUUGGCCAAAUUGUGGCCGCUUUGUUUCGCAUUCUCUUCAGCAGACUCGAUUUUUAUCGCCACCGGAGCCAGAAUUAUUUCUUUAAACUUAUUUACAUCUUUAUUGCAGUUUCAGUUUCGUCUUUAUGCAGUUUGUUGAUAUUUUUAUUUCUACCAGAUAAAUCGCCAAUCGGGAAAACAGACGAACAGUCCAUUUUCUUGCCGAAUAAAAUCAUUGCAAUCUUGUGUUCGUUUAUGCUUGGAUUCGCAGACUGCCUGUUUCAAACGGAGAUAUUGAACGUGAUUGGAGCAAAAUUCAAUAAAUCUACUCCAAGUGCGAUGGCGAUGUAUUCGUUCUUUCAGGCGAUAGGCGGAGUGUUUGUGUUCUUCUACACAAAUCAUCUCUCGUUCGGUCUUCGUAUACAGGUGUCAAUCAUGGCGACCGGCUGCUUUUUAUCACUCAUAGUGUUCUGCAUUAUUGCGAAAUGCAAGAAUGAAGAAACAGAGGAAGAGAUGAAAGAAAAGGGAAUUGAGUUCACUGAAAAUUCCAGUCUGAACAACUUAUGGAAACAGUUGAACUCUAGUGAUGAACAAAAAGAUGAAUUUGACGAAGGAAAAUUGCCACAAGAUAAUUUUAAACAAAAUAAUAUUCUCUCGUUUGAUUGUUGAAAUUCAAUGUUAUCUUUCUUA